UAUUUAAUUAAUUAAAUUAGGUUUAUGGUAUGUUAUAAGGUCGGUGGAAUUCCACAACGGCUAGUACCAACGUUUCAUUUUAAACCAAACUAACAGAUCCUCUUCAUCAUUCAGCAUCACAAUUCACAAAUUCGCAAGAUUCAUCUUUCUUGAUCUUUCUGUAACCGAAUCAUUCAUAUUCAUAUUCAUAUAUCAGUUUUAUUAUUAUUAAUUGAUUGAUUAUGGGUACCAAUAACAUUAAUACUGCUACUGCUCAAUCCAUUGUUGCUCCCACAAAACACUCUCUUCCUCUUCCUAAGACCGUUGAUUCUCAAUCCGUUCUCAAAAGGUUGCAGUCUGAAUUAAUGUCUUUGAUGAUGAGUGGUGAGUCUGGUAUAUCUGCUUUUCCAGAGGAGGACAACAUAUUCUUAUGGAAAGGAACAAUAACAGGAAGCAAAGAAACAGUAUUUGAAGGCACAGAAUACAAGUUAUCACUUUCCUUUCCUAAUGAUUACCCUUUUAAGGCUCCUAAAGUCAAGUUUGAAACAACUUGCUUCCAUCCCAAUGUGGAUCUUCAUGGCAAUAUAUGCUUGGAUAUACUUCAGGAUAAAUGGUCAUCUGCUUAUGAUGUCAGAACAAUUUUGCUAUCCAUCCAAAGUCUGCUUGGAGAGCCAAACAUUAGUUCACCUCUAAAUACACAAGCAGCACAGCUUUGGAGCAAUCAAGAAGAAUACAGGAAGAUGGUGGAGAAGUUAUACAAAUCUCCAAGUGCUGAAGUCUUUUGACCAUUGGAGUUUAUCAAUCAAGUUGGAGAUAGGCUUCUUUUCUGUAUGCUAUGGAGAAGAGAAAGCAUGAGAAAUCUCAUAUUUGUUUUAAGUGUUUCAUUUUAAUUCUUCUAACAAGAAAUCAUUGUGUUUUCUUUUCAUAUUGAAAGUGAAAUAAUACAUUAUUUUUUUGCCCAUUUGUUACAAUAAUUCAUUCAACCUGA